ACAAUUUUGGAGCAUAACGGUUCAUCAAGCAAGAAAUAGAGCAGAAUGUUUGUACAACUGCAGAAGCUUGUUUGGAUUUUGGUGCUUUUUCAGUCAUUUGGAGUGCUCAGGCUCACUUUUAGCAAGGAGGUAAAAUCUCCGAACGGUAGGCCUAAGCCCAUGUCGCCCUCUGACUUUCUGGACAAGCUGAUGGGAAAGACGUCAGGCUAUGAUGCCCGCAUCAGACCCAAUUUUAAAGGGCCUCCUGUCAAUGUCACCUGCAACAUCUUCAUCAACAGCUUUGGCUCUGUCACCGAGACGACGAUGGACUACCGCUUGAACGUGUUCCUCCGGCAGCAGUGGAACGAUCCUCGCCUGGCAUAUAAGGAGUACCCUGACAACUCGCUCGACCUGGACCCCUCCAUGCUGGACUCCAUCUGGAAACCUGACCUGUUCUUUGCUAACGAGAAGGGCGCCAACUUCCAUGAGGUCACCACUGAUAACAAGCUGCUGAGGAUCUUUCAAAACGGGAACGUCCUCUACAGCAUCCGGCUGACUCUGAUUCUGUCCUGUCCGAUGGAUUUGAAGAACUUCCCCAUGGACAUUCAGACCUGCACCAUGCAGCUAGAGAGCUUUGGCUACACCAUGAACGAUCUGAUUUUCCAGUGGCUGGAUAAAGGUCCCGUUCAGGUGGCUGAUGAUUUAACGAUGCCGCAAUUCGUUCUGAAAGAAGAGAAGGACCUGGGAUACUGCACCAAGCACUACAACACUGGUAGGUUCACCUGCAUUGAGGUGAAGUUCCACCUGCAGAGGCAGAUGGGAUAUUAUCUGAUCCAGAUGUAUAUUCCCAGCCUGCUGACAGUCAUCCUGUCCUGGGUUUCAUUUUGGAUCAACAUGGACGCCGCUCCUGCUCGAGUCGGCCUUGGCAUCACCACCGUCCUCACCAUGACUACGCAGAGCUCUGGCUCCAGGGCCUCGCUGCCCAAGGUGUCCUAUGUGAAGGCGAUAGAUAUCUGGAUGGCGGUGUGUUUGCUGUUCGUCUUCGCUGCGUUGUUGGAGUAUGCUGCUGUGAACUUCGUCUCUCGGCAACACAAAGAGUUCUUCAGACUCAGGAGGCAACUGCAGGAAGAACAACGUCAAAGAGUCGUGACUCAACACGAUCAGGAUUUUUUCUUGUCCGGUUUCGGUUUGGACGUCCACCUGUCGGGAGAUGGUCCCCUCUCUGAGGCGGCGGCCUUGUUCGCGUCACUGCCUCCAGGCCACUCGCUGUUCCAGAUCCGUCGCCAGUUUAUUGACCGCGCCAAACGAAUCGACACCAUCUCACGUGCUAUCUUCCCCCUCAGCUUUCUCAUCUUCAAUGUCUUCUAUUGGCUCACAUACAAAGUUCUGCGUAACGAGGACCUGCACGCCAUCCUGUGAGUGAAGAGAACUGAAGGACAGCACACAGCAACCGGGGCUUUCACACCACCGUGAUGGUUUCACUGAAAGGACUGAAUUAAUCAGCGAAGUGCAGGAACGGUCAUGGAAAUAAACAGGAAGCAAGGAACAUACAUACGGUUGUGGUCAGAAGUUUCCA